UGCUGUUACUGCUUUUCGUCCGUGUGAAAAAUGUUCUCCGCUAUUCGGCGUCGCAGUCGUGGCCACUAAUUUGUACCUCAAAAACCAAACGGCAGCGUAUUUCAGUGAGUUGAACACUUGGGAAGACUUGAAAAGGGUUGUGUAAGCCAUGAUCUGAGGUGUGAAAAGUCUGCACUGUCUGACUGGACGCAGAGUUACCAUCACUCAUGCUGCACGCACACACACCAGCAAUGUCUCAUCCUGACUCCUGUACAACUGUGUGGGACUGGUUAUGUGUGCUGCGUCUGGAGCAGUAUUCUGAGGCGUUUCAGAGCGCCGGGCUGGCAACGUUACGACAAUGUCGCAGCCUCACGCAAGAUCAGCUGGAGCAGAUGGGAAUCACCCUGCCAGGUCACCGGAGACGCAUCCUGGCUAGCCUGAACAAAACGCAUGGUAAUAAUGACACCCAGUCUGACACACACGCUCACCCUGUACAGUCUCAGCAGGAUCAGAGAUGGGAGGAAACGGGACAUGUCAAAGUGUUGCAGAGAGAGAGACCUGUGCCGAUCCCAGCGGAAGAAAAACCUGUUCUUAAGGAAAGGAAGAAAAGAGAUGAAGAGACAUUGAAACCUACACCCAGGGAAAGAGAGAAACCAGUCCCCAAAGAGAGACAAGUGUCCAAGAUGAAAGAGGAAAGUGGAGGAGGAGAGAAGAAGCCAGUUGCUGGACAAAGACAAGUAGCGCCUAGAGGAGGAGAAGAGGAGGAGAGGGAUGGGGGAAUAGAUGGACAGAGAGAGAGACCUGUUCCUAAAGAGAGGACUAAGUUUCGCCCCGGUCCUACAGUGGACUGUCACUCCAACUCUCUUGUCUCUCCAGUGUCUGACACCUCUUUACCCCCUGUCCCCCCACGCAGCACCCUCAACUGCCCCCCACAGCCCUUCACCUCUCCCCUGAGCCCCUCGCCUCCCGCUCGAACCCCUGUCUCCCCCAAACGGGACAGACUCGCGCUUAAAGCCCCGGCUGUACAGAGCAGAUCUGUGUCCCAGAGUUCCUCCCCCACCAGCACCCCGACCCCGACCCACACCCCGUCACAAGCACCUCUCCAGCCUCCCAGUUGCCCCUCUCCCCCAGCUCGGCCUCAGACGUUAGCCAUUCAGCCACCCGGCCAACAUUUAGGUAGUGAUGGAGGGAUAAAGUCUUCACCUGUCUCGCCCAUUGCUUCCCCCAGUGACGACAAAAAUGCCCCACCUCUCCCUCCGAAAGCAGGGGCAGUACCCAAAGGCCCUCCACCGAUCCCACAGCGGUGUCCUGCACAGUCUCCCAGAACUCACAGCCCCUCUCCCACCAAGACAACUGCUGAUGAGAUGCAGAAAGACCAAACUCCACAGGACCAAACUCCACAGGUCCCACCUCGCAUCAGGAUACCCCAAACUGUAGAAAACACACAACAGACAACUCAACUCGACACUCAGCCGGCUCUGCCCUCCAAGAGGGUCUCCCAACCUCCCCGGUUAAAUUCACUCAAUGAUAAUUCUGAUGAAUACGAGGAUCCAGAUUUCUUUGUCCCCAGUGUUCAUCGAAUGAACGCACUAGACAGGGAUAUGUCACUGCAAGUGCCCGGACAGCAGAAGAAACGAUACAGUUCUUUGUGCAGCGACGAUGAGUUGUUGGAUGAUGAUGAGCCUACCCUAUGGCAGGAUGGGAGCAUUAGCAACCUCCAAGGCAGUGUCUACCUGCCAAACUCCGGCAGACUGUCAUCAGCCUCUAAAGAAGACAGCUCUCAGCUGGAUGCUGUCAUCAAGAUGGGCUGGCUGGACAAGAAUCCACCUCAGGGGGCCCUUUAUUAUCAGAGACGAUGGGUAAAGCUGGACGCUGACUACCUGAGAUACUUUGAUAAUGACAAGGAGGUGUAUUCUAAGGGCAUCAUCUCUACUGCUUUCAUCACUAAUGUGACCAGUGUGGGAGAGCUGAAGUUUGAGGUGGUCACAAACAACCGAACAUUUAUCUUCAGGGCUGAAAGUGAAGUCGAGAGAAACGACUGGGUGACUGUACUGCAGGACUGCACCAGGGGGCGCCAGCCACGCAGCACCAUGAGUCUUAGCUCUCCUUUAACCCCAGACUAUCAGGGCUCUCUGGAGCUCAGAGGCUUACGUUCAAAACUUUAUACUGUUGUCGCCUCAGAUAAAGUCUUCCUCUACAAAAACAUUGAGGACUAUCGUAUAGGUGUGGGUAUCACAUCCAUCGAGAUGAAUGUAGGAAAUGUUAAAGACACAGAUCGUCGGAGCUUUGAUCUCACUACACCUUACCGCAUAUUCAGUUUCAUCGCAGAGUCGGAGCAGCUGCGAGAGCAAUGGGUGGAUGCCAUGCGGGAUGCUAUAGGUGAGGCCUUGUCGAAUAGCGAGGUGGCAGAGCGGAUCUGGGCGGAGCCUAGCAACAGUUUCUGUGCCGACUGCGGGGUUCCCAAGCCGGAAUGGGCUGCCAUCAACUUGUGUGUGGUGGUCUGCAAACGAUGCGCAGGACAGCACAGAGGACUGGGUCCUAGCAUCUCAAAGGUUCGUAGUCUGAAGAUGGACAGAAAAGUCUGGACAGAGGAGCUUUUACAGGUGUUCCUGUUGCUAGGCAACGAGCGGGUAAACAGUUUCUGGGCAGCUAACAUCCCGCCAAGUGAAGCUUUGACACCCUCUAGCUGCAGCGAAGACAGGCGGCGCUUCAUCACCAACAAAUACCGCCAGGGCAAAUACAGGAAGUACCACCCUCUGUACGGAAACCAGAGAGAGCUCAACAAUGCUCUAUGUAUAAAUGUGCAGUGCAGUGAUGUUCUGGAGACAUUAAGCCUGAUUUUCUGCGGUGCAGAUGUAAAUUGUUCAACUGGUAUGGCGAGUUGGCCCACCCCUCUCUCCCUGGCCAACGCACACUCACAACCUUUACAGGCAGAGUUAAUUAGCCACAAUCUCAACACAGAGCUACCACGGUUAGAAGUGGGCGGAGAAAUGGAACCAUGGGUCACACAACAUUACCCAACAGCACCUUGUGUGUCUCACAAUGGCUUCCUGUUCAAGACUGGAUCUAUGGCGCGAGCUAUCACAGAGCGCAAGGCCAGAGAGGAGUUCAGUCGUCGCUGGUGCACGCUGAAUGAUGGCACCUUCAGCUACUAUGAGAGCGACAAGAACUCGAACCCGAACGGAGUGCUGAAGGCUUCAGAGAUAGUGUGUUUGGCUGUCGACACGCCUGAGAAACAUGGGUAUGAACAUACCUUUGAGCUCUACUCAGAGUCAGAGCGUCUCUAUCUGUUUGGCACUGAUGACCCAGAUAGCCACAAGGAAUGGGUCAAGUCUAUUGCCAAGAGCUUCAUCCCAGCCACUGCAGAGCCUUUACUGAGGUUGAGCUUUGAGCGGAUUGGGCGACUGAAGUGUAAAGAUGGCUUGAACCUACAAACGUCCAAGGUUGGCUGGUUUGCUCUGGUAGGCUCUACACUUCAUGCCUACCUGGCAGACAGCCAGGGAGAGGAGAUCCACCUCCGCAAGCUGAAUGAACUCUCAAUUCAACAAGACAAUGAGGUGCUGGUUCUGGUGGAGAGAGGCAGAACUCUGUACAUAGAGGGAGAGAGGAAGUUGGACUUCGCGGGCUGGUGUGGAGCCAUCCAGGCAGCAGCAGGGAGUGGAGGAGACACACUGAGCCAGCAGCAGCUGACAGAGACAGACAUACCUGUUAUAGUAUACAGCUGCAUCGGCUACAUCACACAGUGUGGCUUGACUUCUGAGGGGAUAUAUCGUAAGAGCGGUGUGAACUCCCGUGUGGCCGCACUGUGCGAGAAAUUCCGCCACGAUGCUCGCAGUGUUCGUCUGAGGGAGGGAGAGCACCAGGUGGACGACGUCUCCAACACACUCAAACGCUUCUUCAGGGAGUUAGGAGAGGGACUGUUCACGUCAGAGGAUGGCAGUACCUGGCUCAGUACUGCUGCCAUCCAGGAUGAAAGUAUGAAAAUCUCCCAGUACCAGCUGCUGUUGAACAAACUGCCUCAUGUCAACAAGGCUACACUACAAGCCCUUAUCAACCACCUCUAUUGCGUGCAGCGUUUCUCUGAGAUGAACCAGAUGAACCUCCAUAACCUGGCCAUAGUGUUCGGUCCCACACUGUUCCAGAAUGAUGGGAAGGACUACACUGCGGGUCGUGCCAUAGAGGACCUCAUACAGCACUACACGCUCAUCUUUGAGGUGGAUGAGCAGCAGCUAAAGAAGCAGCUUGAGGAGAUCACUGUUAUCAUCCAAGUGCGAGAGAAGCUCAACACAAAGUUUCCUAGUACUGAACCUGGAGGACACUUCAUCUGUACUGUGUACCUGGAGGAAAAGAAGGACACAGCAGAGCAACAUGUCAAGAUCCCUGGUUCUAUGACAGCAGCAGAGCUGUCCUGUGAGGUUCUGGAUCGGCGUAACAUCCCUGUUAAAGACAAAGAGUACUGGAGCUGCUGGGAGGUCAGCGACAAGGAGGAAAUGGAACGUCCACUGCACUAUCAGGAGCGAGUCUUACCCAUCCUUCACUCCUUUGGCACUGACUCCCAUCUGCUCAUUAAGAAACAUGUCGCUAUGGAUGCAAUGAUCGUCUACCUGGCUAGUAAAGUGGAUGCAUCCAAACACGGAAUGAUGAAGUUCAGAGAAGAGCGAAGCAUCUUGGGAUUGGGACUUUCCACUGGAAGUUUCCACGAACGAUAUUUCAUCCUUAAUUCCAACUCUCUCAGAAUGUACAAGGAAGUCAGAAGUAACCGUCCAGAACGUGAGUGGCCAGCAAAAAACCUAAAGGUCUACCUGGGUAUUAAGAAGAAGCUCCGUCCUCCCACAUGUUGGGGACUGACGGUGGUGUAUGAAAGUAAGAAACAGGAGAAGCCAGAGAGACAGCAGUGUACGAUGGAGACGUGUGGCCUCAGGACGGACUCAAGCAGACACGGGUGAGCCGCGUGUUACCGGACACGCGCCAUGGUAACGUGUCUCUGAUACCACUGCGUGGCAGUGAGAAUGAGAUGCGGAACAGCGUUGCAGCUUUCAGCCAAGACCCGCUUGCUCUCUUUAGAGAUGUUCGAUAAUGGUCGCUGCAAGACAGGGCAGACGGUCGGCCUCGGAUGACCUCUGAACAUCCGUGUGACGACAUCAUUCUCUACUGUAAGGUCCACAAUGACGGACACAAUUUGUGGAUUAUGGCCUUACACUGCCAUCUGUUCCUUCUGAAUAUAAACUGGACCAUAAUGGACAACAGGAUCACAUGAAAAAUGAACCUCCAAUGGUGCACAAAUGACUUUUACUUUAUGUCCAGUAAAAGCAGCUGGGAGCUGUGGCAUUAAAAAUGGAAGAGAGACAGUUUGAUGGACCACAAUCACCCUGAAGAUUUCCUAAUUCGCUUCCAGCUCAACGUGUGACAAGUCUGCCCCCAACUGCAUUGCAUUAUGGGACGGAGGCAUGAAAGACAUGCAGAGAGAAACUUUAUUUUCUUUCAUGUAUUGUUUUCAGAAAAUAAUCUGGUUAUUCUAGGCACUAGUGCUUCUAGGCACACUAGUGCUUAGCAUUUUUCACAAGUUUAUUCACUUGUAGUUGUAGCUGAUUUAUUAUGUUCUGUUGUUUUUUCGCUCUCUUUCUCUACUAUUGCUCAAAGAAUGGUUGGUUGGGAUAGUCCUGCAGUUGAAAAUUGCUCUUGUAAGCAAAGCUGAUGUCAUAGAAGAAGGCAACACUGAUUUUAUUUUUCGGAGAGAAAAGCAGAGAAAGGACAGAUGAUAGAUCUGUGUCUGUUACUCUACAGGACAUUUGCCAAUACUGUGCAAAACCUCUGCCAGAGUUGCAUAUUAGUCGUCUGCAUAUGUGCACCAGUGUGUAUACAGUAUGUAUGAUUAUGUGUAGGAGUGUUUGUGAGUGGAAGUUUCACAUACUUGAUGUAUGAAAUUGUGUCUUUUGGAAAGUGAAGGAAGGAGUCAUGUGCUGAAAAUAUAAUUUUUCUCAAGAUUAAAAGAAGAUUUUCACCACAGAGGGCAAAAUGGCUUUUGCCAGAAACUGUAAGACGUAAUAUACAGUACAUGGGCAGUUUUGUUAUUAACCAUCAGUAUUUAUGAAAUUUUAGAUUAUGAUUUAGUGAUAUUGGGAUCAAUGUGCCUUUUAUUUGUUCAUUAUAUAUAGAUUCUUUGCAACAGUAUAUUGUUGUAGUCUGAUUAUCAAAACUCCAACACAGGGCACAGGACUUCCUAUCUGUAAGCACAAGAAACAAAUUAAACUGCAUUAUAGUCUCCUAUCAUGUAAAUAGUCAGCCAUGAAGCAAUCUGUAUUAACUGUACUAACGUGUCAGUUAAUUGUCAGUUGCCUUUGUACCACCUGUAAUGUUUUCCUGUUGUAAAGAUUUUUCUUUUUUUAUUUAUUUGGACAGCAGAGGAUGCUAGCUGCUGCAGCUGCUCCACCUCUGCUGAUCGGCAUGUUCAGCUAAGUGUUAGUUUUAAACACCUUUUAAACUGUGUGUGUG